GGGAGACGUGGUUCAUUAUUUUCUAAAGAGUUCGAUUCCGUGUAUCCCUCUUUGAGUCUCGUUAUAUCGUAAAUUAGCAGAAAUAUGUCGAAUAAAGAGAGACAUACAUAUGCACGGUCCAUUCUUUUCUUUUUCCUUUUCGGAUAUCUUUUCGGAUUUUUUGGAUCGGUCGACGGUGCUAUGACGAUCGAGCAAAUGCGAAAAACAGCAACAGGAAUUCGUAAUACUUGUAUAACGAAGACUGGUGUAAAAGCAGAGCUUGUGGAGGGAAUGAAGACUGGCCAAUAUCCAGAGGAUCACGAUCUACAGUGCUAUGCGCAGUGCGUUAUGAAAACAAUUCGUACGUUUAAAAAUCAAAAAGUGGACGUGGAUAUGGUGACCAAGCAAAUCGAGAUGAUGAUGCCGAUCGAAUGGCAAGAAGAUAUGAAAGCUGCGGCAAGAAAGUGUGGAGCGCUGGAACCCUCCGACGACAUAUGCGUUACGGCUUUCAACUACGUCAAGUGUAAUUACCAUGAAAAUCCUGACAAUUUCUGGUUGGACAUUUCGAAAGACAAGUCGUUGCUAGAAAUUUGUUCCAUUUUUCGUAUCGUCGAAAUAAUCAGGAAACAAGAAAGAAGUAUCGAGAAUCUGUAUAACGACGAGAAAAUAUUGGAACGAGCUAACGAGUCGGAAAAAAUGAAGGCUACGAUUCUUUUAAUCUCGGUGUUCGUCGUCCUGGCGAUUUUUCAUAAUGUGGAAAGUAAAAAAAUGAACAUGGAUCAAAUAAGGAACGUAGUGAAAUCCGCGAGAAAAACUUGCGCGAGUCAAGUCGGUGCUUCAAAAGAAUUAUUGGAUAAUGCAUCACAAAAAGGUGAAUUUCCACCCGAUCCAAAGCUCCAGUGUUACUUUAAGUGCGUAUUGGUAUUGUCCAAAGCUAUGAAAAACGAUCAAUUACGGCCAGAAGUAAUGAAAACACAAGCCGAAUUGAUGUUAACUGAUGAUUUAAGCGAACGGAUCAAAGUAACGAUCGACAAAUGUUUCCCGAGCAUAACUAGCAGCGAUUCGUGCGAAGCCGCAUGGCAAUUUGCCAAGUGUUAUUACGAAACGGAUAGUUCGACGUAUCUUGCGGAGAUGGCAAAGAACACGGUUUAA